AUGUCCCGUUGCACGUCCACGUCCCGUUGCACGUCCACGUCUCCUUGCACGGCCACAUCUCGUUGCACAUCCGGGUCUUGUUGCACGUCCACGUCCCUUUGCACAUCCACGUCCUGUUGCACAUCCAAGUCCCGUUGCAUGCAUAGGUCCUGUUGCACGUCCACAUCUUGUUGCACACCGGCUUGCAAAGGCGUCAAGGCGCUUUGCAAAGAAGCCACCCCGGGUUGCAACGGCGCCAGGCCGGGUUGCAACGGCGCGACCCCGGGUUGCAACGGCGCGACCUCGGGUUGCAACGCCGCCACCUCGGGUUGCAACGGCGCCAGGCCCGAACGUAAAGGCGCCCCCCCGGAUUGCAAAGGUGCAACCCCGGAUUGCAACGUCGCCACCCCGGAUUGCAAAACCGUCGCUCCCGGUUGCAAAGCCGGCCCCGCCGGUUGCAAAGGCGGCCCGGCGGGUUGCAAAGCCGCCAGGCUCGAUUGCAAAGCCGCCACGCCGGAUUGCAAAGAGGCCGCCACGCCGGAGGGCAAAGCCGCGCCGGCGGGUUGCAACGACCCCAGGCCGGCUUGCAGCGGUGCAAGGCCGGAUUGCAGCGACGCCAAGCUCGAUUGCAACGGGCCCGGCCCCGGCGGCAAAGGAGCCAGGCCCGAUUGCAACGCCGCGAUGCCGGCUUGCAACGCCGCCGUCCCCGGUUGCAAAGGCGCCAGGCCGGAUUGCAACGCCGCCAACCCCGAGGCCGCCGACU